GUCAGUCAGGCUUUGCGUGGUUGUUGUACAAGCAUGAGGCGCAUACCCAGUUGCAGUACAUUAAAGAAUAUCAGUGAAAUAGGUCAAUACUUUCAUCCCCAUGCCUCUUUGACAGCUUGCUGUCGAGCCUUAUUUUCUCGGUCCUUUUGCACGAAAUCUACGAGUGAUUCUACAGCCAUGGAUCUCAGUGGCAUGCGGAAAAAAUACAAAGGAGACGAAGAGUGCUUUGAGGAGAAUCAGCUCGUGUCUCUGGACCCCAUCAAGCAGUUUGGAGAUUGGUUUGAUCAAGCCACAAAAUGUCCUGAAAUUGGAGAGCCCAAUGCAAUGUGCAUCGCCACAUCCACUAAAGAAGGACGUCCAUCUGCUCGUAUGGUCUUGUUAAAAGGCUACAGCGAUGAAGGCUUCCGCUUCUUUACCAACUACGAGAGCCGGAAAGGUGGAGAGCUGGAGAGCAACCCUUAUGCAUGUCUGUGCUUUUACUGGGAGCCCAUCAACAGGCAGAUCCGUAUCGAGGGCAAUGUGGAGAGAAUCCCCUACCAGAGCUCCUGUGACUACUUCCACUCCCGGCCCAAGAGUAGCCAGAUCGGGGCCAUUGUGAGCAGACAAAGCACUGCCGUCCCUGACAGAAAUUACCUGAGACAGAAAAAUGUGGAGCUGGAGGAAAAGUACAAGGACACAGAUGUCCCAAUGCCUGACUAUUGGGGAGGCUAUAUCGUCAAGCCUUACAUGGUAGAGUUCUGGCAGGGUCAGACCAACAGGCUACAUGACCGUAUUGUUUUCACACGGCCAAAAAAUGGAGAGAGUGUUCUAGAAGAGCAUCAACAUCAUGCUGAGGCGGGCUGGGUGUACCAGAGGCUAUCCCCUUGACAAGGACGGUUAGGGGAAAUGGACUAAAGAGCAGGCUGGAGAUUGGGGCUGGCGUACAACUCACUCAUGAUGUCAACAUCAUCAAUCAAACCACCAUUAUUUCAAUACAUGAGGAACAUUUUGAUGUUGAAUAACUAAGUGCUCUAUGAUGUGUAUCUUAUUAAGCCAUAAUUUGCUGUUCUGUUCAAUUGGUAUUGGUAUUGUUUUAUACCAAAUAAAGGAGACAUUUUCUGGUUGGUUAGGAGGCCUGAUUGUCUAUUGUCUCCAAGGCAACAAUGGAGCAUGAUUCAUGUGAUGCAACUAUGUACUAUACAGUCUGGCACAUAACCUGUGACACAAGGUUUUACUAAUCUGAAUAUGCUAUAUGGAAUGUUUUGCAUUGUCUGACUCAUGAAGUGCAAAGUCUGUCUAGUAGAGUAGUCACUGUAAUGAUUGACAGAAAAUCAGCAAUGUGUUUCCACAGGCCUCUACAACCUCUAGAAACUGUACUUGUAAAAAG